AUCCGGAUUCAUUUGGCGUGCCACGACGAACCCGACCCUAUCUCCAUUUCUAACCACCAAUCGACAGAGCGUUUCUUGCGUUGGAUUCCUCUCUUCCUCUUGUUGAUUUCUGCGGUCUUACAUUGUCCAGAAACCCAUCCAUUUCAGCGAAUCGAAUCCCCAGAGUCCGUCAUUUUCCGGCGAUUUCAGCGACGGCGGAGUGACUAAGAUGGGAGCAGAAAAUGUUGGGAAUCGUCGUCCACAUUCGGAGGAUUCGGGUGUCGUUUUGACUGGAACAGCAAAUGCAAAGGAAGGUAAUGGCGGUCUUGUUGACAUUGGCGAGAGCAAAGAUGCCUACCUUGCUCGAGUUGCACUUGCUGGUCUUCAAACAAAUCGAGGUAACGUAAAAUGUGUUAUCCAACGUGACGGAAAGGUUCAUAUACAAGGAGUCAUGAACGGUGUUGAGCUUUUGAAAAACUCAUCAACUGUGUACCAUAUGAGAGCCCAGCAACUAUCCUCGCCUGGACCAUUUACCCUUUCUUUCAGGCUCCCUGGACCUGUUGACCCCCGUCUGUUUUCUCCUCAUUUCCAGCAUGAUGGAAUCCUUGAGAUCGUUGUUCUCAAAUCCAGCAAAUUAAGCAAAAAGUGAAAAAUCAAGGCACAUCCAAAGCCGGGCUGAUUGAGUUGGGUGAUGAUGAUGAAGACAGGAGUGAUGCACACUAGGUCCAAUGGUGAUUUAGUCUUUCGUUUCCUAUGUAAGUAACUCAAUAGUUAAGGGAAGUUGAUGGAUUAACGUUUUGAGAAUGUUUUCCGGCAAAAAGAUUAUCUUAAUGUGAAGCCCCUGGAGUGAUUC